AUGUCGCCCGACCAGCUAACCCUGAACGCAGUCAAAACCCUGCUGGUGAACAGCAUCGACACCCUCGGCAAAGGAGCUAACGGCAGCGUGGUUCUCGUGCGCCACGAGGGCCAGAUGUGCGCGCUCAAGAUUGCCAUGAGGGAGAGCCAGUUGGCUAGUUUCGAGAAGGAGCGAUACAUCAUGCAGAUCCUGGCGGGCGCUGGCGGCGCUCCGCUCCCUCUGGCUUUCUGCCCAGAGGUACCCGCCCUGCUCAUGAGCUUGCGCCACGGAAUGACCUUGAGCAACCUGCUGCAGGCCGACAAGUUGGGCUUCAGCGACUGGGACUGGCUCAACAUCGCCUUCAUGCUGAGCACCGCCCUUCAGGAGGUCCACCAGGCGGGCGUCGUUCACUCCGACCUCAAGAAGGACAACAUCAUCGUCGAGCUGACUGAGUCCGGAUACCCCGUAGGCGUUAGCAUCAUCGACUUCGGUCUGGCGGUGAUGGUGGGCGGCAGCCACACCCCACGCACGCCCAACAGUCGCAAGAGGUGGUACUGCGACUGCUUCUACAUCGGCUGCGCCAUGGGGCCCGCCUGCGACAUGCCGGGCCUGGGUGUGAUACUGGAGCAACUGUGCACACGCCUGACGCAUUUGCCGCUGUAUCUGGAGAAUCUCGUUUCAUGGAUGACCUUGGCCGACCACAGGCAGCGCCCCGAGCUCAAUGAUCUGCUGGCCUACCUCGAGGGCGACUUGUAUGAGGAUGAGGAGGACUACAAUCAGCAAGAGGACUACGAUGAGUGCGAUGAGCAUGAGGAGGAGAGCGACCUCGUAGGCGAGUACUUCGCUACCGUCCAUUGCUGA